UCCCUCUCCGGAUGCCUGCUCGCCGAGGUGUUGGGCACCCCCCCUGAAUGCUCCAUCAUGUUGGCCAUUGAAUCUGAGCGGAAUGAAUGCCUGCGGACCUUCAAUUCGGAUAACCAGACCUUAGGUUGCCGGACUCUGUGGGAUAACAUUACUUGCUGGCCUGCAGCACCUUUGGGUGAAAUCAAAGUAAUGCCUUGUCCACAGUAUUUCUCCUUCUUUUCAGAGACUCAGGGAAAUGUCAGCAGGAACUGCACCCACAACGGCUGGUCGGAGAUGUACCCUGCUCCGUACAGCGUGGUUUGCGGCUACAAUGCUAACAGCUCGUCCUCAGCAGAGGAGACUGCGUUCUACGGCAUGGUGAGGACCGGGUACACCAUCGGGCACAGCCUGUCGCUUGUUGCCCUGACGGCGGCCAUGAUCAUCCUGUGCUUUUUCAGGAAGCUGCACUGCACCAGGAACCACAUCCACAUGCACCUCUUCAUGUCCUUCAUCAUGCGCGCCAUUGCCGUCUUCAUCAAGGACAUCAUCCUCUUCGAGAGUGGCGAGUCGGACCACUGCUUCAUCAGCUCGGUGGGCUGCAAGGCAGCCAUGGUGUUCUUCCAAUACUGCAUCAUGGCCAACUUCUUUUGGCUCCUCGUCGAAGGGUUGUACCUUCACACACUGCUAGUCAUCUCCUUCUUCUCAGAGAGGAAAUACUUCUGGUGCUACAUCAUGAUUGGCUGGGGUGCACCAACACUGUUUAUCACUGCCUGGACCCUCACCAGGAUCCACUAUGAGAACGAAGGUUGCUGGGAUUUAAUCGAAUCGUCCUACUGGUGGAUCAUCAAGGCUCCCAUUUUGGUUUCGAUACUGAUCAACUUCAUUCUCUUCAUUUGCAUCAUCCGGAUACUAGUGCAGAAACUUCACUCUCCAGAUGUUGGGCGAAACGAAACAAGCCAAUAUUCGAGACUCGCCAAGUCCACCCUGCUGCUCAUCCCGCUCUUUGGCAUCCACUACACCAUGUUUGCCUUCUUCCCUGACUCGGCAAAGAAGGAGCUCCUGGAGGUGAAGCUUGUCUUUGAGCUGGUCCUGGGCUCCUUUCAGGGCUUUGUAGUGGCCGUCCUGUAUUGCUUCCUCAAUGGAGAGGUUCAAGGUGAGCUGAAGCGCAAAUGGCGCCGGUGGCACAUGGAGAGGUUCCUGGGCUCUGACCUGAAGUACCACCAUCCAUCCUUGGGCAGCAACGGCACCAACUUCAGCACCCAAACCUCUAUGCUGACCAAAUGUAGCCCAAAAUCCUGCCGAUGCUCUAGCUUCCAGGCCGAGUUGUCCCUGGUCUAAGGUCCACAAGCAGAUGACUGAGAGGACAAAUGGGCGGGAGGCAGGCGAGGAAGAUGGGGCCAGCCACGGCUUCGGCUUCGGAUGAAACGUCCCGACUUUUUAAGAGAUGAGUGCACCAAACUGGGUGCGUACACUGGAACUGAGCCGUCCUGGGUGCGGGAGGCACAUUUGGAGGGCUGAUUUCAUUGCUUUUCCCAGCUCCUGAACUGCUGGCAUUGGAAAUAUUCCUGAACAUGACAUGAUCGCUGCGUGUGAAGCACAAGGAAGAGCUGGUGGGAGAGGCAGGGAUGUCUGUUGACUUCUCCCAGAAAAGAAGGGAACAGAAGGGA